ACCGCUGGAACCACCCAUCCAUGGGUUGCGUUUACAUUUAUAGAUGCAGAGCAGAACUCUUCCCAUCUAUUUAUGACGCAAAGAAAGCCUUAGUUUUUAUCACAAAUCUAUCGAUCCUAUCAAGAUGGCAAACAUUGCGUCAAAUCUGCGCUCAAUCUCAAAGGAGUCCUUCACCUCCGAAUCUGAUCGUCAACAGGCCGUUGCGGAAGCGCGGGCCCUAAUUACCCGCCUUGAGUCGCCGUGGGAGACAGCUUUCCGUCAGUCAUGGAUUGAGCCGUCGCGUAUGGCUUGCCUAGAAAUCGGAAACAAGAUCGGCCUGUGGGAUAAAUGGGUUGCCGAUGGUAGCGGUCCAAAGACUUUAGAGGAAAUUUCCAAGCUUGUCACUUGUGACUAUCAACUCCUCUCCCGAAUCGUCUGGCAGCUUGCUGGUACGAAUCUACUCAAAGUUGUCCAGCCUGGGGUUUUUGGCCUCACCCCGUUCACCGUGGCACUUGGAGACGGCCCUCAGAUUGCAAGCACCGUUCCCUUGUAUUUCGAGGUCCAAGGCCCUGCCCUCCAUACACUUCCAAGUUACGUUGAGGGCAUAAACUUCCAAAAUCCGACUGACCAAGUCAAUAGCUCAUUUGCCAAGUGGGCCAAAGCUCCUCUCUGGGAAUGGCUGAAGGAGCAUCCUGAUGCUGAGAAAGUCAUUGGGACUGUUAUGCAGACUUAUGCUGGAAAUAGACCAACUCUUUCUCAAGUAUACCCUACUGAGAAACUAUUGAACGGUGCUUCGGGAGAAAGUAGCGUUGUUCUUGUUGAUGUUGGAGGGAGUUUGGGUCAUGAUUUGCUCUCUUUCUCAAAGAUCUUCGACUUCAAACCGGAAACCCUUGUGCUUCAGGAUCGGGCACCCGUGCUUGAAAAUGCGGGCGAGUUGAUUCCAGCAAUUAAAAAGUUGGAGUAUGAUUUUUUUACGCCUCAGCCGGUGGAAGGGGCUGCGGCCUAUUACUUACAUUUCAUCCUUCACGACUGGCCCGAUGCAGACUGCAAAAAGAUUCUAAGUAAUCAGAAAGCAGGCAUGAAAAAAGGCUACAGCAAACUGCUCCUCCAUGAAGUUGUGCUUGAUACGAAUGAACCUAAAGAGACUGGGACAUCUUCUGACAUUGCAAUGAUGGCGAUGGUCUCUGGUAUGGAAAGAACUGAGGCGCAGUGGACCUCUUUGUUAGAGGAGUCGGGGUUCAAGAUAAUCCAGAUCUAUAGCCACGGUCUUGGAGCUGAGUCUGUCAUCGAGGCAGAAAUUGCAUAGCCGCGUCCUGACUCCAAAUGGCCGACUGUAACCAAUAGUAUCUGAUUUAGUGAGAGACAAAAUACUAUCCGCCAAGUAGGAACACUAAGUUCAACCUGCUUAGUUUGCAAGGCUAUUCCGUGCGCCUGUAUAUAUUACCGAUUGUGGGUGCACUAAGUUGCAUGUACGUACGUACGAAGCAAUGGAGUCAAUUUCAAUGGGUAUUCAU